AAAACAGAAAGGGACGGAAUGACUGCUGUCAGAUCAUUGCGGAACCGUACAGGGCAGGGAGGAGUUGUUGUCUUCUUCUAAUUUUAAUUUCCCCCCCGACCCAUGACAUUGUCUCCCCCCACAUUUUAAGGAAAUAUCUGGUCAUACUGCCCCUAUAACGUCAAAAUGUACAGGUAUUUCGGAGAAUUACUUACUCGUGGAGCAAGCAGUGCGCUGGCCUCGGGAUGUAUCGACUCUGCUCUUCCAGCUUCCGCGUCCUUGAUGCGGGUGCGCCACUACAGCGAGGCCGUAGGAGAAAAAGAGGAUGACCCCAACUUCUUCAGAAUGGUUGAGGGAUUCUUCGACCGUGGCGCAAAUAUCGUUGAGGACAAAUUGGUGGAAGACCUCAGGAAUAAGGAAACACCUGAACAGAAGAGACACCGAGUUCGCGGAAUUCUCAAAAUUAUUAAGCCCUGCAACCACGUCUUGAGUGUGUGUUUCCCCAUCAAGCGAGACAACGGCGAAUGGGAGGUGAUUGAGGGUUACCGGGCCCAGCACAGCCAGCACCGGACACCGUGCAAAGGAGGUAUACGCUACAGCACAGAGGUGUCCGUGGACGAGGUGAAAGCAUUGGCCUCUCUGAUGACUUACAAAUGUGCUGUUGUGGAUGUGCCAUUCGGAGGAGCCAAAGCAGGGGUGAAAAUUAACCCGCGAAAUUACUCUGACAACGAACUGGAGAAGAUCACCAGGAGAUUCACCAUCGAGCUGGCCAAGAAGGGCUUCAUCGGACCUGGCAUUGACGUCCCCGCCCCUGACAUGAGUACUGGAGAGAGGGAGAUGUCUUGGAUUGCUGACACCUACGCCAACACCAUGGGACACCAUGAUAUCAACGCCCACGCCUGCGUGACCGGCAAGCCCAUCAGCCAGGGAGGCAUCCACGGCAGGAUCUCCGCCACGGGCCGCGGGGUCUUCCACGGCAUCGAGAACUUCAUCAACGAGGCCACCUACAUGAGCCAGCUGGGCCUCAGCCCCGGCUUCACCGACAAGACCUUCGUCAUCCAGGGCUUCGGUAACGUGGGCCUCCACUCCAUGCGUUACCUGCACCGUUUUGGGGCCAAGUGUGUAGGAAUAGGAGAGGUGGACGGAAGCAUCUGGAACCCCAAUGGCAUCGACCCCAAAGAGCUGGAAGACUACAAGCUGGCUAACGGCACCAUCGUGGGCUUCCCUAACUCCACGCCCUACGAGGGGAGCAUCCUGGAGGCCGACUGUGACAUCCUGAUCCCGGCCGCCAGCGAGAAGCAGCUCACCCUGAGGAACGCCCACAAGAUCAAAGCCAAGAUCAUUGCAGAGGGAGCCAACGGCCCCACCACCCCUUCAGCUGACAAGAUCUUCUUAGAGAGGAACAUCAUGGUGAUCCCUGACAUGUACCUGAACGCCGGAGGCGUGACUGUGUCCUACUUUGAGUGGCUGAAGAACCUGAACCACGUCAGCUACGGCCGCCUGACCUUCAAGUACGAGAGGGAGUCCAACUACCACCUGCUCAUGUCUGUCCAGGAGAGUCUGGAGAGGAAGUUCGGGAAGCACGGAGGAGCCAUCCCCGUGGUACCCACCUCGGAGUUCCAGGCCCGCAUCGCUGGAGCCUCAGAGAAGGACAUUGUUCACUCAGGAUUGGCUUACACCAUGGAGCGCUCUGCCAGGCAAAUCAUGCGCACGGCCAACAAGUACAACCUGGGCCUGGACCUGAGGACAGCAGCCUACGUCAACGCCAUCGAGAAGGUCUUCAAGGUGUACAACGAGGCCGGCCUUACCUUCACAUAGACAACCUGACCUACCUCCGUCUGUCCGUGCCUGUCCAUCCCGACAGGCCUCAGGCCGCCCCUAAUCCCCUUUCCCGCUUCACGCCAAUUCUUCAAAGGGCCCUCAUACAACCCUGAUGCAUCUUAUUGAGCGUUUACAUUUGACACAACAUCAUUAUUAUCAAAGCUUUUGUAUUUCCAGGAAGACAACACGCACACGUUUUUGUCUAGGUCCAGUGUUCUAUUAAAUCCUCAGCCCCCUGAGAACACUCUGUACCAGCUUUAGCCUUCAUUUCAAUAGGGCUAUUUUAUGAAUUUAUAUCAAUGGUUAUAUAUAUACCUUUAUAGUAAACCUAAUUAUUUUCUCAGUCAUUCCAUCUGUUACAAUCUAUUUUUACUAUUAGCAUUUACUCAUGCCUGCAGACACCAAAUACAUUCAGGUUGACAGCUUUUAUAGCCUAGCUCUUUGUACGAAGCCCCGCUCUGCUUCUUGAGCUUAUAACACCAUAUUUCCGUACACCACAUAUUACCGAUGGGUAGAACUAGUUCAAAUGACCUCUUAAGCAUAUCAGAUAUAUAUUCAGACACGUAAAGCCUUAAUAUCACAGGAUGAUUCCCUGUGUGGAAUGGAGCAAGUUACCACCACUGCCUGCCAGGAGCCCGCUGUUCUCACGUACAUAGGUUCUUAGGUCACCCAGAGAGACUUAUCAAAGAGAUGUCUUCAAAUAUCAAAAUGCAACCAUGUCUAAUAUUUGGUCACUUGCAAAGCAGACUUUGGUUCUCGAUGUACUCUGUUACAAGUGGAAAAUGAAUGGGUUUCAGUACUUUCGUUUUUUUUUGUUCUUUAAUGGUGCAGGAGUAGAGGUUUGUGUUUUCAUAGCGGUUCUAUUUUCAGCAUCCCUAGGGCAACUGGAAAUGUAGAUGGGAGGAAAUGUGGAAAACGAAUGGUUAUUUUUCUUUAUCAGCUUUGAUUUAAACCGCUUUGGGAUACUAUGUAAGAGAAUUUGUAUUGCUUUUUUGUUGUUAAACAAUUAAACCACAAAACGCUGUA